AUGCCCAAGGGAAAGUGGAUAGACAAAAAAACCGCAACGCACUUCACCCUAGUGCAUCGGCCUCAAAAUGAUCCUCUCAUACACGAUGAGUCUGCGCCAUCCAUGGUGCUCAAUCCGACACAACUUCCUAAUGCUUCCGGCAAAGUGAAAAAGUUGGAUGACCUGGCCUCAGAGCUGGGGUCAGAUGCACUCAGCAUCCGUGACAAUGAAGGAGAAGCCGCCAACUAUGGGGUAUACUUUGACGAUACCGAGUAUGACUACAUGCAGCAUAUGCGCGAUCUUGGUUCAGGCACUGGCGAGGCGGUGUUCAUCGAGUCGACGGCUGGGCAGCAGAACAAGGGCAAGGGAAAGCAGAAACAAUCACUGGAGGAGGCUCUCCGUGAAAUGGAGCUCCAGGAUAAAUCAAGCGACUUGCUUGAUGCCGACAUACUACCCAGCAAGGAUUUGACCCGGGCAACAUACCAGUCGCAACAGGACGUGCCGGAUAUGAUUGCAGGUUUCCAGCCGGACAUGGAUCCAAGGUUGCGAGAGGUCCUCGAGGCACUUGACGACGAGGCUUAUGUGGACGACGAUGACGACAUCUUCCAGCAACUGUCCAAAGACGCGAAGGAGCUAAGUGAGCAUGAAUUUGACGAUACAUACCCUGACGAGUACGAUGAUGGCUGGGAGUCGGACGCCACAGCAAAACCAAGCAAAGAGUUCCGUGAUGGCGACGAGGCGCCACAGCUGGUGGACACGAACGCGCAACCACCAGAAGGCCCCUCGCAGGAGUGGCUAGAAGACUUUAAGAAGUUCAAGAAGGACCAGAGCGGCGAGGGUAGGAGCAGGGCAGGUCCAGGGGCAGGCUCGGAGAUCCAGUCGUCAAUAUGGACCACCACAACAUCAGGGGGAAGACGCAAGAAGCGCAAGGGUGCGUUGACCGACAAAACUGGCUUUUCGAUGACAUCCUCGUCGCUGGUCAGAACGGAAGGCCUGAGUUCACUAGACGCUCGAUUUGACAGGAUAGAGGAGGAGUACAAUGCCGACAUGGAAUCUGAGCUUGGUUCUGUGUCUGGCGUCUCGAUGGCAUCCAGCGUAACGGGGCCGAUGCGCCACGACUUUGAUGGCAUACUUGACGAUUUUCUUGGAAAGCAACCGAACAACAAAUCAGCUGCUGGGAAAAGGGGCAAGAAACAUUACAAAGGGGGGCUUGCUGAGCUGGACGAGAUCAGGAAAGGUCUCGGGCCUGCGAGGAUAUCGACUCGCUGA